AUGGGACGUUCUUCAUCCGGUGGUGGAAGAGGACGUGUGACUCCUCAGAAAGUCAAGUGCAACUCGAGUUCAACAGUUGUGAAACAUCUAUUUUCAACAAAAGAUGAAAACGAUGGAAAGGCAAGAUUGUUGUACAAAGAUGCUGAGGAAAGAGUGAUUGACUACAUCCAAGCCUCUGGAAUGAAAUGUUCAGAAGACAUGGUGAAAUCAAUUCAAGAUGGAAAGUCGAUCGACUUCAAUGCAAUUGCUCCAAGAUUGAACGCUCCAACUCAAACUGAAGCUGUUGCAAGAGAAACAGAAAUGGCUCAAAACAAGAUUCUCUAUUCUGCAAAGCUUGACGAGAAUAUGCGAAGAUCAGCCUACUUCAAGACAAACAAGAGAACCGUCAAAUCAAACAUCAUGCUGAAGUUUGUGACGAAGGCAAUGGAUAUCAAGCUUCGAGGUGAAGCCGAUUUCACGACUACUCUUGAAGAUCCAAUCAAACUCUUGAAACGUAUUGAACGAUUCAUGAAGAAGAGUGCUCAUGCUGAGAUUGAUUUCUUGGAUUUCUGGGAAGCAAAUCAAAAGUUCUUUGCUAUGAAGCAAGGAACAACGGAAAACUUGAUGCAUUUCAAGGAACGAUUCUUGAGACAGGCUGAAGUCCUGCAAGAUCUAUAUGGCGUGGCCUGUUUCCGAGAUUUUGCAGUCAAGAAGAAAGCGUAUGCUGCUAUUGCUAGCACCAAUACUGCUGCUCAAAACAAGUUCAAGGAUGAUAUCUUUGAAGCCGUUCUUGCAACAGGAUUUCUAUGCAACAGCGAUGGAAUGAGAACAGCUCCUCUGAUGCUGGAUCUUCAGACAAACUAUUGCAGAGAAGUGGAUUAUAAUCCAAAGACGGUCAGCAAAGCACAAGAUAUGUUGAGAAUUCACAUGGCAGUGAGUAAAAGUCCGGGAGUGAACCUCUACCAAGGAAAAGACCAACCUAAUAAAGAUCAAUAUGUUGACUAUGGGAAGAAGCUCAAUCUUAAUCAGAUUGGAGCAACUGUCCCAGCCACUGUUCCGGCUAUAGUUCCUGGAGCUUCAGCAUCCACAAGUGGAGCAUCAAGUGUUGCGGGAAGCGUCAACACACCUUUGCGACUUGCUGGUACUACAGGUAAUCAAAUGAUGCAAGUUCCUUCUGGAAUGCAGCUCAUGCAGAUUCCAACUCAAGGUGGCGGCACUGUUACUGUCCCUCAUUCUAUGAAUGCUAACGGUGAGACUGCGUUCAGUGGAAUGCAACUCAGCCGACAAGGUUUCAGUGGUGCUCAAGUGCGCCAAGGAUUUGAUGCAGCUCAAGCUCGAAGUCCGCAAGCUGUGAAAACUGGAUAUAUCUUUCAGGAUGCUAUCAAGGGAAAGGAUGAGAAUGGCAAUGAUGUCUAUCUUAUUGCAUGUGCUGCUGGUACGACAAAUGUCAAACUUCAAGCCAACUGGCACUAUGCUUGUGAAGAUGAAGAUUUCCUGAUCUUGCUACUGAAGCAGAUCGAGGUCUGCAGAUUAUUCAAAGCCACAGAAAAGAAUGAGAUCCAUUUGGGUUGUACGAUCAUGUCAUCAUGGACAGUGGCUGUACAAACACCACCAUUUGUAAUGGUGAGCUUAUGCAUGGACUCCGUCAUGCUGAGAAAGAACUUGACAUGCACACUAACGAGGGCAGCAGAGUUCUUGACAAAGAAGGUUUUCUAG